AGGAAUUGCAGGAAGGGAGUGCAAAUGGGUGGAGUGAGAAGCGCCCUCUAUUAAAUAAAAUUAUUAACGAAAAUAAAUUACUCCUUGUCUUCUUUGGAGAUCUCAAUGGAAUAUGACCCGUCAACCGAAGUGAUCGGGGAGGAGAGAAGGAAAACCCAGAUCAAGAUGUGGAUCAAGUUUUGAUUUUGAAGGUUCUUCUGGAUUUUUUUUUGGUGGAGCGCAGAUUGUGAACUUUUUGAUUUGGGGAAUUAUCAGAUCGGGAUAAAGGAGUGAUUUUGCCGUCGAAUAUUGGUACUGUAACCUUAGUGAAGAAGAUCUUGGAGAAGAAGUACAAUAUUUGGAGAUGUCGGGAGUUCAAGAACAGCUCGAGAUAAAGUUUCGGCUGCAUGAUGGGUCGGAUAUUGGCCCGAAGAUGUAUCCAUCUGCUACUUCGGUCGCCACUCUCAAAGAAAGCAUUCUUGCUGAAUGGCCGAAAGAGAAAGAGAAUGCUCCUAAGACUGUGGAUGACCUUAAGUUGAUUAAUGGAGGGAAAAUAUUGGAGAACAGCAAAACAUUGGGAGAAUGCAAAAGUCCUUUGUGUGAUUUCUCUGCAGGAAUUACAACUAUGCAUGUCGUUCUCCGACCUCCAGAAAAAGGAAAUGGAAAUGACAAGAAAGCACAAAAUACACCAAAAGAGAACAAAUGUGGAUGUACCAUCUUGUGAAUUAUCAUUUUGGGGAUAAAUAGAUGGACAGUCUGUUUGGUUGGUGAAUGCAUUUAGAUUUUGUUCUUUCUUUUCUACGUGCAUCUUUGAUAGGGUAUUAACAAUAUAUCUAUUAAUUACCUUUUAUUGUUAAAAUUACUGUUAUCUGUCAGUAUAUUUGAAGCUCACUAGUCUUAUAAUUGGUAUUAUAAAUGUUACCUUAAAUAUUGAUGAUUUGAGUGGGAGAAAAAAACAUGAAAAACUUAAAAUUGUGUAAUAGAAGAAA